AUGCAGGCUCUUCAGCAGCUCUUUGGGCAGCAGCAGCAGCAGCAGCAGCAGCAACAGGCCCCAACAAGUGUCUGCUCGGCUGUAGCAAACCCUGCGGCAGGCAAUUCAACAGCUUAUGGGACAGCAGCAACAGCAAGUGCUGCUCCAGCUGCUGCGGCAAACCCAGCGAUGCAGCUCUUCAGCAACCAUGGACAGCAGCAACAACAACAACAGACACAACCGGGAUCUGCUCCUCCAUCUGCGGCAAACCCAGCGAUGCAGGCUCUACAGCAACUCAUGGGACAGCAGCAGCAGCAGCAGCAACAACAACAACAACACAACCGGGAUCUGCUCCUCCAUCUGCGGCAAACCCAGCGAUGCAGGCUCUACAGCAACUCAUGGACAGCAGCAGCAACAACAACAGACGCAACCAGUAUCUGCUCCAUCUGCAGCAAACCCAGCGAUGCAGGCUCUACAGCAACUCAUGGGACAGCAGCACAACAACAACAGACACAGCCGGGAUCAGCUCCUCCAUCUGCGGCAAACCCAGCGAUGCAGGCUCUACAGCAGCUCUUGGGACAACAGCAGCAACCUCAACCAAACGCAGCUGCGCAGGCUGCUCAACAACUUUUGGGGCAGAACCAGCAAACACAAGCUGGCCCUGCUGCAGCUGCACCAACUGCUCAGGCUCUUCAUCAGCUUAUGGGGCAACAGCAACAAGCAUCUGCUCCAGCUGCAGCAAACCCGGCUCUGCAGGCAAUUCAGCACCUCUUGGGACAGCAACAAGCUCAGGUGAACGCUACUAAUCCUUCGUCCUCUCCUGCUUUGACAUCUGCGAUUCAACAGCUCCUGGGGCAACAGCAAACUCAACCAAGUGCCUCCACACCGCCUAUGACUGCUGCAACAAGCACAGGACAGGCAAUCCAACAGCUCUUGGGACAGCAGCUGACGCAACCGAGUGCCCCUGCUCCAUCUGCUCCAGGAAAUGCACAGCAGUCAGGUCAGCCGGCCGCAGAUCCAGUUCAGCAAGCUCUCCAAGUGAUGUUGGGGCAGCAGCAACGUCCGUCAAACACUCCUGCUCAAAAUGCGCCAUCAGUACCUCAGGACCCGACUGUUGCUGCACUUCAGCAGCUCUUGCAGAUGAACAAUGGCACGCCCGGACAAGCAUCGACAGCUCCAGCGCCGGCUCAUCACGGCUGGUCAACACAUCAAGCCGCAGUCUCCGCACAGCAGACCGCAGCACAGCCUCAAGCCGCAGUCUCUGCACAACAAAGCACUGCCCAGUCUCAAGCCACAGUGCCAGCCCAUCAAGCCUCGGCGGAGACCCAAGGCUCAGCGUCGGCCACACAAGCCGCGGCCGCGGCUCCGACCGAUGCGUCGUCGGCACCGAGUGAAUCCGCCCCUGCACCUGCCAGCACGACCAGUGCCACAAAUGGCGGUGCGUCUACAGACCCGCUCGUGAUGCAAGCCUUACAGGUCUUGAUGCAGCAGCAAGGCCAAUCGCAUCAGCAACCAAGUCAGCAGCAACGACCACAACAGCCUGCAGCAGGGACCCAAAAUUUGGAUCGUCUCUUGGCGGCCCGUAUUCUGGAAUCGCUGGUAAACCCAAACAGCACCAGUGGAAACCCCUAA